GCCGAUAAUCACCAGAAGAAGAAGAAAAGGAACAUCCGCGCGCUGAAGGUCUGAAUUUGAAUCGCGGAAAAGAAGAAAAAGACGCUGCCCACAAUGGCCCAAGGCCACAAAUUUGAGGAUUUUGAGGAGACUGGGGAGGCCCUGGUGGCCUUCAUCAACAGCAGCCAACCUGAGAAACUGAGACAAGUCAAAGUUGAACACCAGAACCUCUUUGAUCAACAUUUAGAAACAAGAAAAGUUGUGACACAGAUUUUAAAAGAUAUGGCUCAGAUUGAGGAGAGUGCUGGUCAGAGGCUGUUGGAUAUGCAGGAGGAGAAGAAACACAGGGAUUUGGAGCUGGAGAACUUGGAGGAGCAGCUGAGGCAGUGCACAGCCAAGAGCCAGAUCACUGACUCAGAAAUCCAGUUUCUGCAGAGAGAGCUGGAGAUCCUAAAAAACUCUGAGCAUGAGCUUGACACACUUCAGAAUGAGGUGGAUGAGGACACCACCGAGGUCAUCCCGUCAGCAGUAUAUGUGGCUCAGGUGUACUACCUAGUAACAAAGGUCAAGUGGGAAUAUGACACACAGCCCAACAUUUUAAAAGGAGUACACUACGGUGCUGACCUGGCAACCCCCAUCAACAUUGACACCUCCACAGCCUCUCGGAGUGACAUAAGCGACCAGCUGUGGGGCUUCGUCAGCACCGAAUGGUAGAUAAAUGGAUGUGUUGUCGGAGACGUGUACAUUAUCUUUAUUUGUUUGGUUUGUGGAUGUUUUUGUCUUCUGUCAUAUGAAACAUUUUAUAUUGACAUUAAAAAUGUUUGUCAAAACUUAAGUUUAGUGCUUAUUCUCGUAAGGAUUUUGUAAAGAUAUAUCUGUCAACUAACAGGGUCAAAGUCAAAAACCUUAAUUGUUGUAUAACAAUUAUACAGCAAAGUUGGAGCAGCAACUCUCAACAAUAUACUUUGAAAAAAACAAUAGGAGAAUAAUUGUAAAAAAAAAAAAAAAUAAAUGCAACAUGCAGCGCUGAAAUGUAAACAUUUCCACACUAGUAUGAAAAAGAAUGCCCUUAA